CAGGGUACUAGCUGCAUCCAUCGGCACAGACUGUCCAGGACCUUAGAUCUCGAGAGAAGCACUGAAAGGGCGUGCGAGACAGUGCCAGGGUCGGAGGCACAUCAAACGUGGCCGCUGUGAUCCGCGUCCCAAUACCAAGGCGUCUCUGCGGAGCGGCAACAGGAUCCAGACGCAUUACCAGAGGUCUGCUGCGACACAAAACGCCGAUUUAACGGAGCUCGGUGACCUUCAAACCCUGGGAGGCUGCUGUAGAGACUGGGCCCGGUGUCUCUGAGUCAGAGGGACAGACAGCAGCUCCGGCACCAUGGGAGCCCUGGCCUUCAUUGUCAGCCUCAGCCUGCUGCUGGCAACUGCUGCUGCCUGGCAGGACUCCUGGAAAGUUUUCCUGGACAAGAAAGUCGCCAGUGCGGUCAUGUCCCGGCAAAAGAGGGACAACAGUGGCAACGAGGAGAAGGUGAUGCCCCCCAAUCUGGAGAGGGAGUGUGUGGAGGAAGUGUGCAACUACCAGGAGGCUCACGAGAUCUUCAAGGAUACGUACCGUACCGACAUUUUCUGGUCUGUGUACAUCGACGGAGACCAGUGUGCGGGGAAUCCGUGCAAAAACGGGGCCAUGUGCUCGGACAGCGUGGGCGGCUAUGACUGCGUCUGCAAGUCGGGCUUCUCCGGGGUCCACUGCGAGAAGGAUCAGACUCUCUGCGUCCUGGACAAGACCAAGGGCUGCAGCCAGUUCUGCAAGCCGGGAUACCUGUCCUACGAGUGCUCCUGCGCCCGGGGCUGGAAGCUGCAGGAGAAGGAGAAAUGCGUUCCUGCAGUGACAUUCCCCUGUGGGAAGGUGGACAGUGUGAGUCAGUUUGACAGCAAGAGAUCCUCCAACAUCCGCAGUCAAUACGAGGGAGUGAGCUGCAGCUCCGGGGACUGUCCCUGGCAGGCCUUGCUCAGCAGUGAGGAAUCGGCCGGGUUCUGCAGCGGGGUGAUCCUGAAGGAGGACCUGGUGCUGACCACGGCACAGUGCGCCUUCAAGUACCCGCGCUUCCAGGUGGCUGUAGGUAAGAGGGGCACGGACUACGAGAGCGGCGAGCAGUCACUGUACGUGAAGGGCGUCACCUCGCACCCGCUGUACGUGCCGGGACGUCCCGAGAACGACCUGGCGGUGGUGGAGCUGCGCAGUCGCAUCACGUUCAAGAGGUCGGUGGUGGCGGCCUGCCUGCCGGAGCGGGACUUCGCCGAGAACGUGCUGAUGUCGGGCGAGCACGACGCCGUCGUCACGGGCUGGCGGGCCGAGCCCAACGCCACCGAGGUGCGGGGCGGGCUCCUUCUCAACCACCUGGCGUACGAGCCGCUCGGCCAGUGCGCUGGCCGCCACCCCGGCCUCGUCACCAACAAGAUGUUCUGCACCGCGCCCCGCUCCAAGGCUGAUUGCGCCUUCGUCUCCGGCAGCCCCGCCCUCACGCUCUACCGAAACGUCUUCUUCCUCACGGGGGUGCUGAGCCGGCCCCCGGGGCACGACUGCGCCCAGGGCUACGUCUUCCAGAAGGUGUCCCGCUUCCUCCCGUGGCUGCAGCCCUUCAUGGACGCCGCCUGAAGGGAGGGGUGGAGGGGAAGAUGUGUGUGUGUGCGUGUGUGUACAUCCUCAGGACUGAGCAGGAAGGGAGCAGGGAAAGACAGAGAGGUGUUUGCGUGUUCUUAGUUCCGUCUUGUAAACAGGCAUCCGGUUUUUGCUCAACGCUCGUGCCAGUUUCUGUGUCCGUUAAAAGUUUCCACUCUGCUGUGUCUCUAUGCAAAAGAUGUAGCGCGUUAGCAUAGCAUCACAAGCACUGGCAGGUUCUCUCAUGUAGUUCCCCAUUUCUUCCACACAGUGGCGCUCUUUCAUCAACACAUUGCAGUAACCUCACUUUGUUGACUAUCAGCUUGAUAAGUAGAAAAGCAUGUAUUAUUUUGGUGGUGCAUUUGAUUUGAUGUUUUUGUAGACUUGUUUAGGCCUGGCUGUUAACGACACUUAUGUGCGCUGUUUUUAGCCUGCCUUUAAACCUGUAAUUAAACCUCAUGUUAGACACGUUUCUUAAUUAAAUAAUGUAGAUCUGAGUGA